GAAAAUUUGCGACUACAAAGUUGGGUCGAUCACUUCCUUAGUCUCCCUGCUUAUAUAAUCUCCGUUUGCAGCUAGUGAUCGAGAUAACAAUUUCACCGGCAGCCAACAUGGUUUCCAUACGAAAUCCGAAAUGUCAUAGCACCGUAAACAUGCUAGUUAUGUGCUUAUGUUUAUUUACACUUCUUGAUACAACGUUUGCAAUUUGGCUCAAUCACGGAGGUGACAAUAGUAACAGAAGGUAUGCUAAUGGGGAAUUGCUCAUCACCCCAAGGACGGUGUUAAAAAUGCAACAAAAAUGGUCAUUUUUCGCCGGUAAAGACAUAACUGCAACCCCUGCAGUGGCCGAUGGAAGGGUCUAUUUCCCAUCAUGGAAUGGAUUUCUGUACGCAGUGAAUGCAUUUACCGGCGCUUUGAUAUGGAAGCAGAAUCUUAGUCAGUUAACUGGACUAAAUGGCACAGGAGUCGUUGUGAAUGUGACUGUGUCGAGAUCAACGCCAACAAUAGCUGGUAACCUCUUGAUCGUUGGUAUUUAUGGACCUGCUGUUGUGAUUGCUGUGGAGCGAUCGAACGGGAGGCUUGUCUGGUCAACUCAACUAGACCCACGCCCUCGAACUAUGAUCACGAUGUCUGGCACCGUACUCCUAGGGUCAUUUUAUGUAGGGGUGUCAUCUCUGGAAGAAGGCUUACCAGCUUCUCAGUGUUGCAGUUUCCGUGGCAGUGUAGCAAAGCUAGAUGUUAGAACUGGUGCAGUCUUAUGGUGGACUUAUAUGCUACCGGACAACGGUGGUAGAUUGAACGGUUAUUCGGGAGCUGCAGUAUGGGGAAGCAGCCCUGCCAUUGAUGUAUUGCGGAGACAUGUCUAUGUAGCAACUGGGAACCUCUACACAGCUCCACCUGAGGUGCUUCAAUGUCAAGAGAAACAGAAUAACCAGACAGGAACGCCUACACAGCCUGACCAGUGCACCGGUCCAGAUAUCCACUUCAAUUCAAUUAUAGCAUUGGAUCUUGUUACCGGGAGGAUUGUAUGGUCUAGGCAGCUAGGUGGUUACGACAUUUUCUACUUCGCUUGUUUGAUACCGAACAACCCCGACUGCCCACCAGGACCUAAUGAUGAUGCCGACUUUGGAGAGGCACCAAUGCUGCUUACCAUACACCCUAAUGGAACAAGACGUGACGUCGUGGUGGCCGUGCAGAAGAGUGGGUUUGCUUGGGCUCUAGACCGUGACAAUGGAAACAUUGUAUGGUUCAAGUUGGCUGGACCAGGUAGCAAUGAAGGAGGAGGGAUAUGGGGUGCAGCCACAGAUGGGAGAAGGGUGUACACAAACAUCGCCAACGGCCAACAACAGAUGUUCCCCCUAGCACCAUCAAACCUAACAACAACGGCUGGAGCAUGGGUGGCUCUUGAUGCAGAUACCGGGAAGAUUUUGUGGUCAACAGCAAACCCAAGCAAUGACACUGCCCAGGCACCUGUUACAGUUGCUAAUGGUGUUGUUUUUGCUGGGUCUGUAGCUUCGAAUGGUCCCAUAUAUGCCAUGGAUGCAACCACUGGAAAGAUUUUGUGGUCAAUCAAUACUGGUUCUACAAUAUACGGGGGUGUCGCAGCAAGCUAUGGGUGCAUUUAUCUAGGAAAUGGGUACACAGUUGGCCUGGCCAAGUUUCACCCUACUUGGACAGGUGGUACUUCACUCUUUGCUUUCUGCGUUGUAUGAGUUAAGUUUGAAGACUGGGAAAUGUGAACUACUAUCCGCAUGGUUGCUAGGAAAAAAUAAAACCAUUGCAAUGCAACGGACUUUUCAGUCAUGUCUGCUGGUAAAUGUUAGUAUGUCAACUUUCCAAUGUAGAUGCAAGCACCGAGUACAUUUGGGGCAUGUCACUAAUCCUAGAGAUCCUCCCUCUGAUAUCAACGUAGUAAUUUCCAAUAGAAAAUCGAAGUAUUUAACAUGCACAGAAAAUCAGAAGCUCAAGGCCUCAUAAUAGAUGAGUAUCAUUAACAUCAUGCAGCAAGACCUACAUAACAAACCCUCCUGUCAAAGAAAAGAACAAACUAGACUCUUAAAAACACACCUAUUACUUAACAAAAUAGAUCUUAGUGUUGGUUACAAUUGUACCUUGGUGCCAACAACACCGUAUAAACUUGAAACUGCAAAGCAUUAAUUUUUUUUUCUUUUUCUUUUGCCUGCCUUUGAUAUAUUUCCAUGGAAUACUGCUGCCUCAUCUAAAUUCACCUCCUCCACUCAGGUUGGAUCCCCUUA